GAGUAAUUAUUGGCCAGCUCCUACGUGCCAUCUCUUAUUUGCAUUUUGCGACACAAGUUAGUGUUUAUGUCUGUUUAUGUUUGAAAUCUACGAAACGAGACGAUCGCUUCCCCCUGUUAAAUGUUCGUGAUAACUUAUUACAAAACUGUCUAACGUCGAAGAAAAGGAACGUAAGCGAGCCAGCAUGCCGGAGCCUGUGAGCCAUCAGGUGAAUGCAGCUCGUAAAACGUUCGAGACCCUGUACCAGAUCUCCAAGCUGUUAAAUACCAAUCUCGAUCCCACCACCCUGAGCAUCUGCAUCAGGUUGUGUGAGAACGGAGUGAACCCGCACGCGCUUGCCACCGUCAUGAAAGAGCUUCAGCGAGAGGUCAAGGAGAUGAAUAACGCGCAGUUGGAGCCAGCCAACAAAGCCAGCACAAACAAGUGAACACUAGCUGACUACUCUGCCAGAUGCGCAUUGCAACGUCCGCUUGCUCUUCCGAAAUGUCUGGCUUGACGUCGACGAACAUCAUAACGCCUUUCCCCUUUUUCGUCAUCCUCAGCAAGUUGUCUGGAUUUGUAGUGUCUAUCUGC